AGAUCUUUCCCAAGUACAUUGCUAAAGGCAAGAAAUCUCAGGCUUGGGCGUUCCGAAACGCGAUAGGUGUUGCGAGAAAACGAAACUCGUGGCGUUGCCUUAUUUGAAGCAGGGAAGACCUUGCUCCUCCCAUCGACGUCGGACUCGCCAACGUUGGAUGGUUGUUGCCACCGGCGAGAUCUCCUCACUGUUUGGUUUUGCUUGCUAAGCCUCUGCGAUCUCUCCCGUAUUUCCUGUGUGUCUCUCUGAUUGAAACUCUAUACCGCUUUUCCUCACGGGAAUCUUCAUUUUUCUUUCGAUUUAUCGCCCAUAUCUUCCCAGUUCUCACUGUUCCCUUCUUUAUAGUCGCCUUUCCCUUCGUAAUUAUUGGCCAUCUCGUUUUCUUGUGACCCUCUUUCAUUUCCACUUGUUGAUUGUUGAUGCUUUAUUAUUUCCGAACCGUAGUUGAAUCUAGCUACUUGUUUGUCUUCGCUUACUUCUACGAGUAGCUCUGAUUUCUUCAUUUAUUCCCCUCAAUUUUCAUCUUCUGGGGUUCCAAGAUCUUCAGUUUGAACUCCCUUUCGCUGCUUUAAUUCUAUUGCUAUUGAGGUCCUUCAAUGUCACAAGGUUACGCUAUCGAGCUCUACUUCGAUCCUGCUCUAGAAAACCAGGUGUUGAAGGCCUGGAAUGUACUGGCUCGCAGACAAAUCAGCACCCACCUCAUCGAAAUCGAGUCUCGCCCGCACAUCACUCUCUUUUCCAGCCCCUGUGUUGAUUCCGCGAAGCUUGAAUCAGUCGUCAAGAGUUUCGCUGCCAAGCGGGAACCCUUGCCUAUUUCUUUCUCUUCAAUCGGGUGCCUACCAAACGACAAUAAUGUACUCUUUCUUUCACCGACCCCUUCAAUUUGGCUGCUUCAGUUCCAAUCUCAGUUGUUUGAUGCAAUGAAGAAAGAAGGUUUCGAGAUAGGAGAGGAUUAUCGCCCAGAUUCUUGGAUUCCUUAUUGUGCGGUUGCUCAGGAAGUGCCAAAGAUUAGGAUGGCCGAGGCUGUUUGUGUCUUGCGGGACUUGAAAUUGCCGGUUUCUGGGUAUGCCAUGGAUAUUGGACUGGUGGAGUUGUCUCCCGCUCGCGAGCUCUUCUCAUUUGUGCUUGGUAAUUCAGUAGAAACAUGAGGUUGUAGAUUACUCUAAUUUAGGUUUUUUAUCCUAGUUUGUGUUAAUGUGUUACAUCUUGAAAUGGAAUUAGAAUGAACUCAGUGUUUGCUAUUAUUAAACACUACAAUUGGAGAAAUUUCAUUUUAC